UUACGGUUAAACCAUCCGAUAAUAAAGCCAAUUAAUCGGAGAUAAAAGCCACCACUAUUUGAGUUAUGCUAAUUAAUUUACAUAGCAUUACAUAGGGAAUGGCUGCCGUUGUAAAGGACGUUGUAACUGGCAGUGUAUUUGACACCAACUACCGCUCCAUUAGAGUGAGAAACGAAGUGAAUUUUUGACCCCCAAAAUGAGGUACGCAUUUUUUUUUUUUUGUAUUUUAAUUUGUGUGUAAUAGUUGUCUAUUCUCUAUGUGAAUGUGUUUCUGUAAAAUGUAUUUUGUGUUUGUACAGUUCUCACGGCAUUGUUAUUGAAUGCCAGUAACAACGAAGAACGCCUUGUGUCCGUUUUCUGCUUGGAGGGAGUUACAAACUUGUUCACAAGAACAUCCUUGUUUAUGUUUGUCACGGCUCAUAAACAGACCUACAGUUUGCUGUGAAUGAUAAUUGACCCCGUUGACUCAAAGAAAAAAAAGAAAAACGGUCGCAGCACUUAACUUCGACUUCCCUUUCCCACGCGCCCGUCGUCACCUGUGCAUUUUGUUUCCAUGCCCUCGCCCGGAGAAGAUGGACUUAAACAAAAUGAGGAUGGCGCCUGCCGAGUAUUUCCGGAGGAACGGAGUUCCGGCUACAUUAGAGAGGUUUCUGAAUGAGUACUUCGUCUGACAGGCCCCAGACCUUCGUGGCUACCUGGCUGAUUGCUUGUUCAAACUGUCUACACCGCCGAGGAUCAGUGAUCUGAGAGGAAGAGGCAUUUUUUCAGAAAAUGGACAGCUUAUCGUUGAGGCAGAGGUUUUCUGCAUCGUCUGUAACAAAGAAAAGAGCAUGUCAUCAGCAGCUGUCGUAAGUCACUUUGUACCAGUGGGAGCUGAAGGGAGUCAGAGGAGCUCUGAUUAUGUGGAGACUGCUCUUCAGUGGAUACAUGAACCGUUCAGGACACUUUUACUGAACCAGGACCCAUGUGAUCAAUCUGAAAUUGAUCAAAUGCUGAGCGAUUUCUUUGCGUCCUACCGUGAGGAGGAGAAAGCAAGGCGGGACAGGCUGAAGGCUGAAGCCAGCGAGCUCGAAGCAGUGGCUUGCAAAACACCAGUAACGCCGACAAAGGAAAAGAAGAGCUCCGGGAAAGGCAAAAAGAGCACUGUUGACGAGAAGCUAUUUCCUCCACCAGAGCCGCCAGAGCCAGUUCUGCUGGAAGGCAUGGCUGUCGGCUCAGUGUCCCUGGCUGUAGCUCAGUGUGGGGCAGAAAUAAAGGAAAUGCCUCUUUACAAAUAUAUAUCAGCUCUGAAGAAUCAAGAGGUACCGGCACAUUUUCAUGUUCCUGUUCCCUGGAUAACUCUGCUCAGCUGUGGGAAGAAAUCCCCUGGAAAACUGUGUUUACUGGAAGAAAUUAUUCUCAUCUCCAAAGUGGGACGUCCAGUCAGACAGAGUGUCACGUUGGCCUUGGAGUUACAGAAGGAGAUGAUGAGACUGAUGAGCACGUCAGGAAAAGGCGGGAUCACCCUGUCUUCGGUGUCACACAACGGAGUGCUCAUAGCGAGUUGCGAUCGGCUGGAACAGCCUCUAGAUCUCAUCACUGACGCCUGCAGGAACCUUACAGUGCCUCUGGGAGUUGAUGUCGGUUUGGCUCUGAACUGUGCUGCCCCGAAACUUGUGGACUAUUCUAAAGGAAAGUAUGAAGUAGCAACAGGAGGUCUGAAGUCUCCAGAUGAAUUGAUUGAGGUGUAUCACGACCUCACCAGCAAAUACCCGGCAGUGGUGGCCGUGAUCGAUCCCUUCAGGAGAGAAGAGGCAGAGCAAUGGGAGAAACUCAGCAGUAGGAUUGGGAUUUCAUGUUCACUGCUGUCUGACAUCACACACAAACCAGAGGCUCCAGUCCUGCCAGGAGUCCAUGGUUAUGUCUUCAGACAUGCCAACGAGACAACGGUCAGCGACCUCAUCCAUGCUAUAGUCUCCUACCAAGGUUCGGUGGUGAUGGAUACGAUGUUCAGUGAAUGCUGCAGUGGUGGAUCCUUUGCAGACUUAGCUGUGGGACUGGGGCUGGACCAUGUCAAACUGGGAGGUCUGAGUGGCGCUCAGACGAUGGCUAAAUACAACCGCCUAAUAGCAAUAGAAGAAGAACUGGCCCAACAAGGACUUCUGGUCUGUAAGGAACCGGAACCGCCGCUCUUAAGCGAAAACCCAAACGAGGAGCCAGCUGCAGCAGAAGAAACCCAUAUGACUCAGGCAACAGUCCUGCUGACCAUUGAGUACACCACACUCAGUGGUCAGCAUUAAUCUGAAUGUUUUUAGCCUUCUUCUCUUUUUUUUCUUAAAUAAUCAUAUUAAAAUAUGUUUAUAUAAACAUAUAUUAAACAGCACAUCAAAACAUGUUAUGUUUGAUGUGAUAAAACAUGUUAUGUUUGAUAGAUAAAAACGUAUUUAUUUGAAAAUAAAGUUUUAAAAGCU